AAUAAGAAAUAUCGAAAUAGUAUUAAAAAAGACAUAUGAUCCAUGACAAGAAAAAUUAGAAUGCAACCAAUCUCUGAACCGAGGAAAAAUCCAUGGUAGGGACUAGGGAGGAAGUAUCAUUACUCAUGGAGUCAAGUCAAUGACGUGAAUGAAUUCUCAAUCUCUGACUCUGACACAUGCAUUUUAACAUCGUAGUGAAGAUUACAAAUUCCAAAGUUUGAGUAUUACCCCAGUGGCCAGCACAAAUCCUCUUAAUUCUUCAUAGUGGAUGGCGAGUUCAAUAUCUGAAUCAGAAGGUAGUGGGAAGCCGAACCUGAAACUUUACUCCUAUAAUAUAAGCUCAUGUGCUUGGCGUGUUCGUAUUGCUCUUAAUUUGAAAGGGUUGGAGUAUGAGUAUAAAGCGGUGAAUUUGUUGAAAGGAGAACACUUAAGUGAUGAGUUUCUGAAGCUGAAUCCUCUUGGUUAUGUGCCAGUUCUGGUGGAUGAGGAUGUAGUAAUUUCUGAUUCACUUGCAAUUAUAAUGUAUCUGGAAGAGAAGUAUCCUCAAUUUCCAUUGCUGCCUCGUGAUCUUCAGAAAAGAGCGAUCAAUUACCAGGCCGCAAACAUAGUUGCCUCAAAUAUACAGCCUUUUCAGAACCUAGUAGUUUUGAAUUUCAUUGGAGAAAAACUCGGCAGCGUUGAGAAGCUUUCUUGGGUUGAACAUCACAUCAAAAAAGGCUUCACUGCAUUAGAGAAACUAUUAGCAGGAUAUUCGGGCAAAUAUGCUACGGGGGAUGAAGUUUACUUGGCAGACUUGUUUCUAGCACCCCAAAUCGGGGGAGCAAUUCAGAGAUUCCAGAUGGAUAUGGCGGAGUUCCCACUCUUAAAGAGGUUAAAUGAUGCAUAUUCAGAAGUACCAGCAUUUCAGAAUGCUGUACCGGAGAAGCAACCAGAUCCGAUGACCACAUCCUAGGCAGCAGGCCCUUUAUACAGCCGCUGAACAGCUCUUCAGGGAACAAGAAUGGCAUGACGAGCAUUGAAUUCCUUCAGCAUGUUGUAGUAUCCCAGCUCCAGGAGGCGCUACCCGACUAUCCCGGAAUGUAAAAAAACCUGAAUAAUACUCCUAUUUUGUUUUCCUGCCCAACAAUGGAAUUUGUGUACCUAAUAUACAUUCAGUCUGUAAUAUAAACUUCUGUACUAUAUUUGUAUCAAACCGUUGCGACUUGCGACGUUAUGCAAUGCAGCGUCCUGUAUAAAUGAGACACUACAUAAUUCUUUUUGUAACGUGACACCGGACUUGUAUGGAUUAUUUAGUACUUCUAUAUGCAAUAUCGUUGGCCUGUCGGCUGUCGGUGAUUUGCCAAGUCUA